GGGCACCCGGUUUGAAGUCGUGCGGGUCGGAGGACCGGCGCCUCCGACGCUGUCUGAGACCCUCGGUGCUCGGCCGUGGCGGGAACGCGUUUGGGUAGGUUGCGGGGUAGAUGCCCGAGGGCCCGCGCCCGGACGCCCCGCACCUCACCGGCCGCUCCGCUCUGCCCCGCGGCCUGGGCCUGCGCCUCUCUGCUCUCUGGAAACUAGCGCCUCAGCUGCGCGGCGCGUAGCUCGCGGGCGCUGCGAACCGUCGGCGCCCGGCCAUGGCCGUCUCCAGGCUUGAUCGUCUUUUUAUCUUACUGGAUACUGGCACUACUCCAGUUACAAGAAAAGCUGCUGCUCAGCAACUUGGAGAAGUGGUGAAGCUUCAUCCUCAUGAAUUAAAUAAUCUGUUAUCUAAAGUAUUGAUAUAUUUAAGGAGUGCAAAUUGGGAUACCCGGAUUGCAGCAGGACAAGCUGUUGAAGCUAUAGUGAAAAAUGUGCCUGAAUGGAAUCCAGUGCCAAGAACCAAACAAGAACCUACUUCAGAAAGUUCUAUGGAAGAUUCCUCUACCACAGAUCGAUUGAAUUUUGACAGAUUUGAUAUAUGUAGAUUGUUACAACAUGGUGCAUCACUUUUGGGGUCUGCCGGUGCAGAAUUUGAAGUCCAAGAUGAAAAAUCAGGUGAAGUGGAUCCUAAAGAAAGGAUAGCACGCCAACGAAAACUAUUACAGAAAAAACUUGGCCUUAAUAUGGGAGAAGCAAUUGGAAUGAGUACUGAAGAACUCUUCAACGAUGAAGAUUUGGAUUAUACCCCAACUUCAGCAGCCCUUGUAAACAAACAACCUACUCUCCAGGCUGCUGAAUUGAUUGACUCAGAAUUUCGAGCAGGAAUGAGCAACAGACAAAAGAACAAAGCUAAAAGAAUGGCCAAGUUAUUUGCAAAACAGAGAUCCAGGGAUACAGUGGAAACUAAUGAGAAAAGCAAUGAUAGCAUGGACGGAGAGCCAGAAGAAAAGAGACGGAAAAUAGCAAAUGUUGUUGUUAAUCAGACUGCAAAUGAUUCAAAAGUCUUGCUUGAUAAUGUUCCAGACAGCUCUUCCUUAAUUGAAGAGACAAAUGAAUGGCCUUUGGAGAGUUUUUGUGAAGAACUUUGCAAUGACCUUUUUAAUCCUUCCUGGGAGGUUCGACAUGGUGCAGGCACUGGACUUAGGGAAAUUCUUAAAGCUCAUGGGAAAAGUGGUGGUAAAAUGGGAGACAGCACUUUAGAAGAGAUGAUUCAGCAGCAUCAAGAGUGGUUGGAAGACUUAGUUAUUAGACUGCUUUGUGUUUUUGCAUUGGACAGAUUUGGAGACUUUGUUUCUGAUGAAGUUGUAGCUCCUGUUCGAGAAACUUGUGCUCAAACAUUAGGUGUGGUAUUAAAACACAUGAAUGAAACAGGAGUUCAUAAGACUGUGGAUGUGUUGCUAAAAUUACUUACACAAGAGCAAUGGGAAGUCAGACAUGGUGGUCUUCUGGGAAUAAAAUAUGCUUUGGCAGUUCGUCAGGAUGUAAUUAAUACUUUAUUACCCAAAGUUUUGACUAGAAUAAUUGAAGGACUCCAGGAUCUUGACGAUGAUGUUAGAGCUGUCGCUGCAGCUUCAUUAGUGCCUGUAGUAGAAAGCCUUGUCUAUCUGCAGACACAAAAGUAUUCAGCAGUCACUUACAGUUUUAGUUCCACGUGUCUGGCCUUUUUUGCAUCACACUAUAUCAUCAGUUCGAAGAGCAGCAUUGGAAACUCUAUUUACGUUAUUAUCAACACAGGACCAGAACUCUUCAUCUUGGCUUAUCCCUAUCCUGCCUGAUAUGCUGCGACACAUUUUUCAGUUUUGUGUUUUAGAAAGCAGCCAGGAAAUUCUGGACCUCAUUCACAAGGUUUGGAUGGAACUGUUGAACAAGGCUUCAGUUCAGUAUGUGGUAGCAGCUGCUUGCCCAUGGAUGGGUGCUUGGCUUUGCUUAAUGAUGCAGCCUUCUCAUUUACCUAUUGAUUUAAACAUGUUGCUAGAAGUAAAAGCUAGAACCAAGGAAAAAACAGGUGGUAAGGUGCGCCAAGGCCAAAACCAGAAUAAAGAAGUACUUCAGGAGUACAUUGCAGGCACAGACACCAUCAUGGAAGACCCAGCCACCAGGGACUUCGUAGUUAUGCGGGCCAGAAUGAUGGCAGCCAAACUAUUAGGAGCACUUUGUUGCUGUAUUUGUGAUCCAAGUGUAAACAUCAUAACACAAGAAAUUAAACCAGCGGAAUCCCUUGGCCAGUUACUACUCUUUCAUUUGAACUCCAAAUCUGCCUUACAGAGGAUUAGUGUUGCUUUGGUAAUCUGUGAAUGGGCCACUUUACAAAAGGAGUGUAAAGCUGUUACUCUAGCUGUGCAGCCACGUUUACUUGAUAUCCUUUCAGAACAUUUAUAUUAUGAUGAAAUUGCUGUUCCAUUCACACGAAUGCAGAAUGAAUGUAAACAGCUUAUAUCCUCAUUAGCUGAUGUACAUAUUGAAGUUGGUAAUAGAGUAAACAACGUUUUAACAAUAGAUCAAGCUAAUGACCUGGUCACUACUGUUUUUAAUGAAGCCACAUCAACUUACGAUUUAAAUCCUCAAGUGUUACAGCAGUUAGAUGGUAAACGACAGCAGGUCCAAAUGACAGUUACAGAGACAAACCAAGAGUGGCAAGUGUUGCAGUUGAGAGUGCAUACUUUUGCUGCAUGUGCGGUUGUGAGCUUGCAGCAGCUUCCAGAAAAACUAAAUCCUAUCAUAAAACCACUAAUGGAGACAAUUAAAAAAGAAGAGAAUACACUAGUACAAAACUAUGCAGCUCAGUGCAUAGCUAAACUUCUUCAGCAGUGCACAACAAGGACACCCUCUCCUAAUUCAAAAAUUAUUAAAAACCUCUGUAGCUCACUUUGUGUGGAUCCAUACCUGACUCCUUGUGUAACAUGUCCAGUACCAACACAGAGUGGCCAGGAAAAUUUGAAAGGAUCCAACUCAGAAAAAGAUGGAAUGCACCAUACUGUCACCAAGAACAGAGGUAUAAUUACACUCUAUAGGCAUCAGAAAGCUGCUUUUGCUAUUACAAGUAGGCGAGGUCCUACUCCCAAAGCGGUAAAAGCUCAAAUAGCAGAUCUUCCUGCAGGAAGUAGUGGGACUAUCCUUGUUGAACUUGAUGAGGCCCAGAAGCCUUACCUAGUACAGCGGAGAGGAGCUGAAUUUGCUUUGACCACUAUAGUGAAGCAUUUUGGAGGUGAAAUGGCAGUGAAGUUGCCACAUCUCUGGGAUGCUAUGGUUGGCCCACUGAGGAAUAUAAUUGAUGUAAAUAAUUUUGAUGGAAAGUCCCUCCUGGAAAGGGGAGAUAGCCCUGCUCAAGAAUUGGUGAAUUCUCUGCAAGUUUUUGAAGUAGCAGCAGCUUCAAUGGAUUCUGAACUUCAUCCCUUGUUGGUGCAGCAUUUGCCUCAUCUGUAUAUGUGCCUUCAGUAUCCCAGCACUGCCGUGAGGCACAUGGCUGCUCGUUGUGUAGGUGUCAUGAGCAAAAUAGCUACCAUGGAAACAAUGAAUAUUUUUUUGGAGAAGGUGCUUCCAUGGCUUGGAGCAAUUGAUGACAAUAUCAAACAAGAGGGAGCAAUUGAAGCUCUUGCCUGUGUAAUGGAACAACUGGAUGUGGGUAUUGUUCCAUAUAUUGUCCUGUUAGUUGUUCCUGUGUUAGGAAGAAUGAGUGACCAGACAGACAGUGUGAGAUUCAUGGCUACACAGUGCUUCGCAACACUAAUUAGACUCAUGCCACUUGAGGCAGGCAUUCCAGACCCUCCAAACAUGUCAGAAGAAUUAAUCCAAUUGAAAGCUAAAGAGCGACACUUUUUGGAGCAAUUGUUAGAUGGAAAAAAGUUAGAAAAUUAUAAAAUCCCAGUACCAAUCAAUGCUGAACUAAGAAAAUAUCAACAGGAUGGUGUGAACUGGUUAGCAUUUCUCAAUAAGUAUAAACUUCAUGGAAUUCUGUGUGAUGAUAUGGGUUUAGGAAAAACUUUACAGUCCAUCUGCAUUCUAGCAGGAGAUCAUUGUCACAGGGCCCAGGAAUAUGCAAGAUCAAAAUUGGCAGAAUGUAUGCCACUUCCUUCCUUGGUGGUUUGUCCACCAACACUAACAGGUCACUGGGUAGAUGAAGUAGGUAAAUUUUGCUCCAGAGAAUAUCUUAAUCCAUUGCAUUAUACUGGACCUCCCACUGAAAGAAUAAGGUUACAGCAUCAAGUAAAAAGGCAUAAUCUGAUAGUGGCGUCAUAUGAUGUUGUGAGAAAUGACAUAGAUUUUUUUAGAAAUAUUAAAUUUAACUACUGUAUUCUUGAUGAAGGCCAUGUCAUCAAAAAUGGAAAAACAAAACUGUCCAAAGCAGUAAAACAACUGACUGCUAAUUAUAGGAUUAUUCUUUCUGGAACACCAAUCCAGAACAACGUUUUGGAGCUGUGGUCUUUAUUUGAUUUCCUCAUGCCAGGAUUUUUGGGUACUGAACGCCAGUUUGCUGCUCGAUAUAGUAAACCUAUAUUAGCAAGUAGGGAUGCUCGAAGUUCCAGUCGAGAACAAGAAGCAGGUGUUCUUGCAAUGGAUGCACUGCACCGCCAGGUCUUGCCAUUUCUUCUGAGAAGAAUGAAAGAAGAUGUUCUGCAGGAUCUUCCACCUAAAAUUAUUCAAGACUAUUAUUGCACUCUUAGUCCUCUCCAGGUUCAGCUCUAUGAAGACUUUGCUAAGUCACGUGCCAAGUGUGAUGUUGAAGAAACAGUUUCUUCAGUUGCACUUUCUGAAGAAACUGAAAAACCAAAGCUUAAAGCUACAGGCCAUGUGUUCCAGGCAUUACAGUACUUACGCAAACUAUGCAACCACCCAGCAUUAGUCUUAACACCUCAACAUCCAGAGUUCAAGAACAUUACUGAAAAACUGGCAGUUCAGAAUUCUUCGCUUCAUGAUAUUCAACAUGCGCCUAAACUGUCAGCUUUGAAACAAUUGCUGUUGGACUGCGGUUUGGGAAAUGGCAGCACUUCAGAGAGUGGCACAGAGUCCGUUGUGGCCCAGCACAGGAUACUGAUUUUCUGUCAGCUUAAAAGCAUGCUUGAUAUAGUAGAACAUGACUUGCUCAAACCUCAUCUGCCUUCUGUCACUUAUUUGAGAUUAGAUGGCAGCAUUCCACCUGGUCAGAGGCAUUCCAUUGUUUCCCGGUUUAACAAUGAUCCAUCCAUAGAUGUUCUCUUGCUUACAACUCACGUUGGUGGCCUGGGGCUUAAUUUGACAGGCGCUGACACGGUUGUAUUUGUGGAGCAUGACUGGAAUCCCAUGCGAGAUCUACAAGCCAUGGACAGGGCCCAUCGCAUUGGUCAGAAACGUGUCGUUAAUGUUUACCGACUGAUAACCAGAGGAACAUUGGAAGAGAAAAUAAUGGGUUUGCAGAAAUUCAAGAUGAACAUAGCAAAUACUGUUAUUAGCCAAGAGAAUUCAAGUUUGCAGAGUAUGGGCACUGACCAACUUCUUGAUCUGUUUACCCUUGAUAAGGAUGGUAAAGCAGAAAAAGCUGACACCUCUACUUCUGGAAAAGCAAGUAUGAAAUCAAUUCUUGAAAACAUGAGUGAUCUUUGGGAUCAAGAACAAUAUGACUCAGAGUACAGCCUGGAAAAUUUUAUGCAUUCGCUCAAGUAACUAUCAAAUAUUGUAAAUUCAGUUGCUGCUAGUUCAGUUACAUUUCUGCUGAUAUUCAGCAAAUUUCUAAGUUUAUUGUGAACUUUUAACUCAAUGUGUAAAUAGAUAUGAAGAAUAUUCAGCAUAAUGCUGGCUCUUGUUUCACAGGGGGGAACAAGUUAUUCUCAAAUAUUUGCACUGUAUUAAAUUUAAAUGUUAAUGUGAAAUGGUUUAAAUUUUACAUGCUGAAUAGCUGCAGAGCAGAGGAACCAAACCAGGUUUACAUGUGCUACCAGGGGGUGUUUGUUCUCAUUAGGAACGAGCCUCCUUUCCACAGAGUCACUUUGUACAGGAUGAGAUCCAUGAGUACUUUUAGUGUUCAUGUACAUUUUUCUUUUAAAUUGAACUUGUUUUUAUAAUUGAUUAAAAUAGGGCUUUUUUGUAUGAAAGCCUUAAUGAGCCAUAAUUUUAAGACUGUAAGAAUAAUGACUAAGAUAUUAGUCAAUCUUGGAACAUAAAAAUGUUAAGACAAUGAACUGAACCAGACCCUUAGUGAAAACAUUUAUAUAUUUAAUGCAGAUUCAUAGUGUUUUUCAAAUCUUUAACAUCAUUUUGUCAACUUUUAAAAUACAAUAUCAACUAUUCUAAGUACAGGUACUGGUAUAUUUAAAGGUACCAUAACAUCCUAUUAAGAGGGUGUUUUGCUUUUUUAAAAAUUUGUCUAAUGGCUAGGAUAUAGCCAGAUUUAAAGAACAUAUGUACUCAAUAGGUUUUGAUCAUAUAUAUAAUAUAUUUUGUAACUAUGAACAUAGACAGUUUUCCAAAAGUAGAUUUAGAAUUCCAAAACUAUGGUGAAAAGACUGUUUAUUGGAGUAAUGCAUGACUGAAUCAUAAAAGGGAGAAACUGUUCCUUUAUAUAUACAAACAUACAUGAACACACUUAUCUAUAUGCACAAACAUAUCUAUCCUGCACCCAAAAAAGUGCCUGGUUUUGGCACUAAAAUCAUGUAGUUAUAUGGGCAGCAAUAAUAAUUGGGCAUGAAGCUGAUUAACUAGUAUUACAAAAGUGAACUCAAUGGUAAGGGUGGGUAUGUGGAUAUAGAUAAACAUGUAUGUGUAUGUAUAUAUAAUUUUAUAAAUUUCACAUAAAUUAAUACAUGCCUUGUGCAUACACAUAUAUGGGAUAUAUUUGUAUAUAAGUGUACAGGUAAUAAACUUCCCCAAGGUUUGUGGCUGGCCAUACAUAUAGGCAUCAGUUUAAAAACCAUCAGACCUCAGAUGUACAAGUGUUUGUUUAAAACCUUUAUAGUUAUACUGUUCUGCAGCACUUAGACUUGGACAUUUGUCACAUUUCAGUAGCUUAGACAACCAUAUUGUAAUAUUAAAUCUAGCAUUCCACAAGAGAAUAAACAUAAGAUUGAAAUUGUGAAAUAUAUGCAAUUGUGUGUUAUUUGUAGGAAAUGAUUAAAAAGCUGAGGGUUAUUUAGUUCAGAGAUGCUUUAAAGGUUUUAAAAUACUGAACACUUUCUUCAUUGUUGAAGGUUUAUGUACAGAGGUAGAAGACCAAAUGGAAAUCCAUGACUUUACAUAGAAUAUCCACUGUACUUGAGUUGAAUGUUUUUUAUUAACUAUUUAUUUGCUCUUUCCAUAAACCAGCUAUUUAACAUAGCUCAUAGAAAUUGAUAUUUUCUUAGAUGAGGAGCAAUAUUAAAGAGAUAGUACGGGACCGAAGAAUUCAUACCAUACCAUAAAAGUUUUUCCCUCUAAUUUGAAAGGUUGAGUGGAACUAGAAAUAUUUAAGUAGUUUAAAUUUUAAGAGUUUAAUAUCAAAGAAUGUGUGUGUGUUAGUAAAAUAUUUCUAGAAGGAUAAACAAGAAAAUAAUAAUGGUUAUCUCUGAAUGAGAAGUAGUGUGGCUUAUUAACAUUUUUAAAAUAAUAUUUGAAUUGUGAAAUAUUAACUCAUACAUUCCAGUUUUUCAAAUAAAAGGAAAGAACUAAGUAUUAAGUGUCCCAGUACACAGUAGUAUAUCUUAAGAAGAAUGGAUACACCAGAAAGAUUGAAUUGACUAAUGAAUGCUACUGAAGAACUGCUGUCAGUUUUACGGAUGUGAUGAUAUGGUAGUUAUGUCUUUAAAAAUGUGUGGGUAUGGGAAAUAAAGCAAGCAUGAGAGAA